AUGAAGUUUCAUGGCGUUCAUUACCCGUCGACCGUGGCCAGGGCGGCCAUGAUGGCCAUGGUCUUGUUUUCAUCAACCGUUCUGUCGGAACACACCAGCAACUGGGCCGUCUUGGUCUGCACAUCUAGAUUUUGGUUCAACUAUCGGCAUCUUGCAAACGUGCUCUCGAUCUACCGAACCGUGAAACGGCUUGGAAUUCCCGACUCGCAAAUCAUCCUUAUGCUGCCCGACGACAUGGCCUGCAACCCACGCAAUGCUUUCCCUGGUACGGUGUACAGCAAUUCGGACAGAGCUGUCGAUCUGUACGGGGACAACAUCGAGGUCGACUACCGCGGCUACGAAGUCACUGUCGAGAACUUUAUCCGUCUCCUGACCGACCGUGUCGGCGACGAGAUGCCCCGCAGCAAACGUCUCUUGACAGAUGAGCGAAGCAACAUUCUGGUGUACAUGACUGGGCACGGCGGCAACGAGUUCCUAAAGUUCCAGGAUGCCGAAGAGAUUGGAUCGUUUGACCUGGCAGAUGCUUUUCAGCAGAUGUGGGAAAAGAAAAGAUACCAUGAAAUUCUCUUCAUGAUCGACACCUGCCAGGCAAACACCAUGUAUAGCAGGCUGUACUCCCCAAACAUCAUCGCCACCGGCUCGUCCGAGCUCGACCAAUCAUCAUACUCUCAUCAUGCCGACAACGACGUUGGAGUUGCCGUCAUUGACCGAUAUACGUACUACAAUCUGGAAUUUCUAGAAAAUCAAGUCAAGGACUUGAACAGCGGGAAGACGGUGGGCGACCUCUUUGACAGCUACGAUUACGAGAAAAUUCAUUCCCAUGCUGGCGUGCGAUACGACCUUUUCCCCGGCGGCGCGGACGGCGCUCGAAGUCGCCUCAUCACGGACUUUUUCGGCAACAUCCAAAAUGUUGAAGUGGACCGUGAUGCCAGCUCCGCGCUGGAGGAGCAGUUGCUUUCGCUGAGCAGAUCCAUUACAUUCUUGCGGCAAAAGGAGGCUGAGGAGGGUGCCUCGCCACGCAACAGCAACAACAACAGAGACAACAACAACAACAACUACAACAAGACAACGUCUUCAGAGUCGGAGACCAAGAUUCAAAGCGCUACUGUCCUGACGAGUGACAAAUGGUGGACAAAAAAGGUCAUUGGCGCUAGCGCCCUUGCAGGGUCCGGCUUGCUUUGGGGUGUUGGCUCCUUGUUGAAAAUUUAA